GCCUCCUGAUGGUUGUCUGACCCAUCAGGAGUCUGACAAGAGUCCCAUCAGGAGUCUCUAUCUAUGUGUUUCAGUCUGGGAGUUCUCGUCGCCUAUGCAGCCAACCACAACAUCAGCACUCAGAUCAAAAGCACCCGAAGACUCAUAAACACCAACAUGAGGGACCUGAAGACAUUUGCUAACAACACCCCAGCGCAAAUCGAUUACCUGACAGCCCAGUACACCACUGCCAAGAACAAAGUCCUGUCAGACCUCGACAACAUCGGACCUCUGCUGGGAGCCAGAAUCCACAGCCAUCUGGAGAAAGAGGUGGUUCCUGCGCUGGAUGUCGCCCUUCGAAUGGCAGGAGCAAAAGUUGAGAGUGCUAUUAAAGCCAUGCGGGAAACCAAAGAAGCUCUGGAGAACGUCAGCUCCGCCCUGGAGAUCCUUCAGGAGGGAAUGGGAAAGCUCCAGGCCAGCCUGGCCGGGGAGCGCUCCUCUCUGUCCAACACGCUGUCGGACCCGGCCUGCACCAACGGAGCCGUGUCCCCUACCUGCAACACAAUCCGCUCCACCCUGCCUCAGCUCGGAACCAACGCCGACUUCUCCAAGCUUCCAAAUGUUAACGAAGCCUUGACCAACAUAAACACUGUACUGAAAAUAGAUCUCAGCAACAUUGUUCAAAAGGGUUACACCUCCUUUAACGACACCCCAGCGAUGGUGAAAGAACAGACCAGGAACAUAGUCACAGGAGUGAAAAGCAUGCUGGAUAAGAUUGGAAAUGAGAUCAACGGCUUCUCCAAGAUGUUCCCAGUGGAAUCCUCUCUUGCCAAUUUCACCAUUUUUCUCAACGAAAGACACAAGUUCAUCGAGUCGUUUUACCCCCAGGUGGACCAGAUGGAUUUCUACAGGUGGAUCGCCUGCGUGGCCGUUCUCUGCACCAUCGUCUUGAUUAUGGCCUUCAACAUGCUGGGCCUGCUCUGCGGCACCUGUGGCUACGACAAGCAGGCCACCCCGACCACACGCGGCUGCCUGUCCAACACUGGCGGAAACCUGCUGAUGGCAGGUGUGGGAUUCUCCUUUAUCUUUGCCUGGGUGCUGAUGGGACUCGUUACCACUCUGUUUGCUGUUGGAGGCAACGUGGAGAAGCUGAUAUGUGAACCUCUGGCCAACCGGCAGCUUUUCAAGAUUAUCGAUACACCAUUCCUGGUUCAUCCUGAAAAAAGGAAUUUUCUUCCUGGGAUGCUCUUCCAGAAUCCAAACAUUGACUUGACCCUGGGCAGCAUGUACAGGGAGUGCUAUGAGAACAACGGUCUGUAUCACGCUCUGCAGCUGGAGAACAUCUUCAACAUCAACUCAUUCCUAAACAGGACUGUGUACAACAAAGAUCUGGCCAAAGUGUUGGAAGGAGUCCAGGUGGACCUGAGGGACAUCAUGCUGCUGGACCAGGCCGGCAGAGACAACCUCAUGAACUUUGCAAACUCAGGAGUUGGAGAAAUUGACUAUCCAGCUUACUUGGCUGAGGUGAAUAAGGGAGUCACUAUUGUGGAUCUGCUGUCUUUCUGCUCCGAUCUGGAGGAUCAAGCCGACCAGCUGCCCCGUGGAGCUUUGGAGAACGCUCUGAAGGGACACGCCAACAGCAUCAGAAGCAUCCACAGGGAGCAGGUGGUGCCCAUGGAGCAAGCCAUGAAAUAUGUCCGAGCGCGGAGCACCCUGAGCCAGGGCAUCAAGCUGCUGCAGAAGAUGUCCAAUGACCUGCCUAUGAAAGUCACGAACAUUCUAAGCGCCAUCGAUGCAGCAGAAUAUCUCAUCACUCAAAAUGCCUCGCAUGUGGUGAAACAGGAAACGAAGGCCUUCGUUCACAGCCUGGUGGGAUACUUCAAGCAGUACACUGACUGGGUUAAAAACUCUCUAUCUGCAGAGGUAGCCCAGUGUAAACCCAUCAGCAACAUGGUGGACAGCAUGGAGAUAGUGGGUUGCAGCUUCAUCAUUGACUCUGUGGUAAGAUCUCACUGUGGGUGUUUCUGUGUUCACAGGAAGUCAGGCUGCCAGCUGUAGAGAUAUUAAUGUCUCGUU